AUGUCACUGCGCGGUGGCCGCGGGCUGGCGGCCAUCUCCCCUCUGCCCUCCCCGGGCACAGCCGCGCUCACGCCGCUGUCACUGGAUAGGGCUGACCCGGCGGUCCCGGACAGGUACCAGGACACCCCUCAGAGGGGACGCGGGGCGCUGCCCCUCCCGCGGCUGUGGCACACGCUGUCCCCGGAGCCGCUGGCCUCGGACUGCCCCGGGGACUCGGUGUCCUCGCAGCCCACGGAUCCAGGUGAGGGACUGCGGCUGCUCCGCCCCACAGCCGUCCCCAACCGCUGCUGGCUCUGGGGUCGUGCCGAAGGUGUGGGAGGGGGGUCCGAGGGGCUCGAGGCUUUUUGGGGAGUGAUGGGCAGGAGCCCGUGCCUGCGGUCCCUGGGGCUCAGCCAGGAGCCGCUCCGCUGGGGACCCUGCUCGGGCUUCCAGAAAAUGAUGCCGAACUCUGGGAGACGUCUCAAAGACAGGAAGCUCCUUGGCCAGAGGAUGCACUCCUUGCCGGAGGGCUUUGGCCCCAAAAAGCUGCAGAGGCCGGGCCGGCGGGACCGGCUGCCCGCCGGCCAUGGGGCUGCCAGGAGGAACCUUCUUGCCCAGAGCCCUUCCCGCACACCAGAACUGCUGGAUGCCACCAUGUGCCAGGGGAUGGAGAACGGGCUGACCACGCCAGUGAUGAAGAAGGAGGAGGCAAAGCUGCGUGCGGGGAAGCGCAGCCAGUGCCGGCAGCUCUUCCGCUCGUCCUGGCUGCCCGGCAGUGUCCCCAGGCCCGUCCUGAAGCGGGGACAGCCCUCGCACAGGGGCACCCCUGUCAAGGCUAAGAAGCAGAAGAGGGUGUCUGGCAGUCCUGACCAGGAGGCGUCGGUGCAGUUGGUGGGUGAUGGGGAAGGGGAGGAGUGGGACCAGCCUGGAGUGGGGCUGGAGCCUUCCAGAUCCGCCCAGCUUGAGGAGAUGGAGAAAGUGCUGGCCAGCGAUGAGCAGGAGCUCAUUGGGGACUUCUCCAUGCCUCACCUCCUGCCGACGGUGGAAGGGAAGGACCCAAGCCUGAAGUACAUCUCCCCUGGCACGCUGGUGGCAGUGCUGACGGGGCACUUCAGCAGCUUCCUCGAGAGCAGCAUCGUGGUGGACUGCCGGUACCCCUACGAAUACGAGGGGGGCCACAUCACGGGUGCUGUCAACCUGCCGCUGCAGCGGGAUGUGGAGGAAUUCCUGCUGGAGCAGCCCAGUGUGGCGCUGGACAGCAGCAAGAGGGUGAUCGUCAUCUUCCACUGCGAGUUCUCUGUUGAAAGGGGCCCCAAAAUGUGCAAGUUCCUGCGGGAGAGGGAUCGGUCCUGCCACGAGUACCCGCAGCUGCAGUACCCUGAGCUCUACGUCUUGAACGGGGGGUACCGCGAGUUCUUCUUCCAGUUCCCGAGCCACUGCGAGCCCCGGGACUAUCGGCCCAUGGCGCACCCGGCGUUCAAGGAGGAGCUGCGCAAAUUCCGCGGGCAGAGCCGGCGCGGCCGGCGGGAGCUCUUGGUCCGCGGGCGGGACCUGUGA